AUAUUGAAAUUGAUAGAGAUGUUAUCCAAAGUUUACCAGAAAAUGUUAUUGCUGAUGAGCUAAGGUAUGUCAUUGAUGAAAAUGAGCUUUCUGUUCAUGUUGAAAAUGAGGGGCCUCUCCAAGACCCAGUAAUGAGUGCUAAUGCAAGUGUGGCAGAGUUAGUUUUAGGAAGUGGCAGUACAUCGUUUAUUCCUAUGCAUCAAAGACAGGGAACAGAAGGUGCAGCUAUCCAAGAUGCAGUAAAUGAGGUUGAUCCAUUAGACUGGCCAUCUACUGAAGGUAAUCUCGUUUAUGAAUUUAAAACAGAUGAUUUAGCUACUAUGGCCUUUCCUACAUUGUUUCCUCAUGGGAAGGGUGACCCAACAAAUAGGGCAAGACAACAUGGAAUGACGUUAAUUGAAGCUUUCAAACAUUUAAUGAAGUUUGCAGAGAGGCUUGCAGAUGGUAAGUUUGAAUGGAGGUUUGCAUCUCACUCACGGUUUCCUUAUUGGGUGUUAAACAUGAAACAAUGGCAUGAGCUGUUGUCACAAGCGAAUGUUUACUUACGUCAACAUCCUGCUGAUGCAAACAUGACAAUCGAAGAACUGAAACAGAUGGUCAAUUCCAUGAGUGCGAACCAAAUGGUGAACUUCCUAUCCGUGAAUAUAGGGAUCUGCAGGGUGACUCACUACAGUGGUUACAGCUGAGGCUAGAAGGUAAAAGAUUUUUGAUUAUUGAUGAAAUGUCAAUGAUUGGACAUAAAAUGCUAUCAUGGCUUGACAAUAGAUUACGUGCUGGUACUGGAAAGGAAGAUAUCCCUUUUGGUGGUAUGUCAGUAAUUCUAAUGGGUGAUUUUGGUCAAUCACCACCUGUUGGUGAUAAGCCAAUGUAUGUUUCAGGUAAUGGAACAGUAAGUGACCAUGGACAUAGUCUGUAUCUGAUGUUCGAGUCUGUCAUUAUUUAGAUCAAGUUAUGUGUCAGGCUGGUCAGGACCCCGAGGCAGUUGCUUUUAGAGCCUUGCUGAUGAGAAUGCGAAAUGGAGAAGUGACAGAGGAGGACUGGAAACUAUUGUUGGAGCAUUCAACAACAAGUGUACCAAUGGAUCAAUUUACUGAUGCCAUCCAAUUGUACUUUGACAAGAAAGGUGUUGCUGAAUACAAUUACGAGAAGCUAUUGCAGCUUGGACAACCUGUUGCUAAAAUUCAGGCAAAGCAUUCCGGUCAUGGUGCCAGUGUGGCAACAUCGGACAAAGCUGGUGGAUUGGAUGCUGUUCUGUUUUUAUCCACAAAAGCAGAAGUAAUGCUCACUUGCAACCUGUGGGCUGAAGUUGGUCUCUGCAAUGGCUCAUUUGGCACUAUUGAGCAGAUUUGGUUUGCAGAGAAUAUGGGUCCACCAAACCUGCCAAUAGCAGUAUUCGUACACUUCCAUAGUUACACUGGUCCUGCAUUCCUAGAUGCAUGUUCUAAAUGUAUACCUGUGCCACCCAAAGUGUUUGAAUGGAUGGCUGAUGGAAAGUACUUGUCAAGGCAACAAGUGCCAUUGCGGUUGAGGUAUGCAAUGACCAUUCACAAGUCACAAGAACAGACACUAACAAAAGCUGUUGUUGAGUUAUGUAAAGGAGAAAAAGUUGCUGGAUGCACAUUUGUAGCUAUGUCGCGGGUGGUACGAUCGAUUCAUGAUAUUGUGUUUGAACCUAUGACAUUUGAUCGUCUGAAAGCAAUUGGUAGGAGUAGAAAUAUGCAAAAACAACUCAAAGCUGAAGAGUGA